UCGUUCCAUUCUCUCUCUCGUCUCAACUAAGCGUUGCUGCAAAACCCUAGCAGCUCGCCUCCCUCUCUCUCGGCCGAACAGCUCACGACCGCCGGUCUCUCUUACCGGCGACCCUCGGCGGCUCACCCUCUCCCUCGGCGUCCCUCUCACUCUCGGCAGUCCCCUCUUCUCCUCAGCAGGCAACCAUGUCCGAGAAAACGCCCGUCACCAGCGCACCAUCAUCUUCACCGACUCCCCACUUGGCCUUCACAACCAUCUCCAACGUGAAGCUCCAUGUUCCGAUCCUUCUCAGUUUCUCCGAGCCCAACUACAAAAAGUGGAGUCGGCUCUUUCUUCUUCUCAUCCGCCGGUUCUCUCUAGGUGAUUUUCUCACCGGCAAGUCUACUCCGUCUAGCGCCGACGACUCCGAGUGGUUUCAACUCGACGCCCUCAUUCAAGGAUGGAUCCUAUCUACGGUGAAUGACGGAGUUUGCGAUCUUGUUCUCUUCACCACCAAUUCGGCUUCGGAGUUAUGGCAAACAAUCUACAAUCUUUUCCACGACAAUAAGGCGGCCCGAGCCAUGCAACUUGAGCACCAAUUCCGCACUACAACGAAGGGCUCACUCUCCAUGACCGUCUAUAGCCAAACCCUACGGAAUCUAGCCGACUGGUUGGACGACGUCGAUGCCACCGUCUCCGAACAACAACUCGUCCUACAAGUCCUCCGUGGCCUUCCAGAUGAUCUACGAGGCCAAACUUCCUUUCUCCAGUACCAAACGCCGCCCCCGACUUUUCUUCAAACCCGCUCGGCACUACUUUUAAUUGAACAACAACGAGCAGAUUUGGGGGUUGGCGGCAUCGGAGGAGACGGUGGGACAGCCAUGUACGCGGGCAGUGGCGGCUCCAGCAGUGGCGGCCCUCGGUGCUACGGCAGCGCUGGAGGGGGCCGCGCAGAUUCCAGCGGCGGGGGUAGUUCUGGACAGCCGCAGCACCACCGGCAGCGUGGUGGAUAGCAGCGGGGUCGUGGUCGCGGCCGAAGCUCCGGGUCAAAUGCACGUCACACCCUCGGGCAGCCCUCUGGACAGUUCACCCACUCGAAUUCUACCCCGGGCCUUCUCGGUCCUCGCCCUAACCCCCACCCGCACAGCCCCUACCCUCAAGCCUACUUCACCACCCCCUACCCCUAUGCCGGUGCACCCUACAGCCAAAACAACCC